GUAUGUAAACGGCUUUUCACGUUCUCCCAAACCAGAAGCAGCAGUACAAGGUUGACCGACUCAUGUUGUGUUGCUCCUGAGUGCUUUUCUGUACAUUUAGGAGUGAAGAUACAGACUGUGUUUGGUUAAGAAGUCGACAGCUGGUGAGUGAAAACAUUUAUUCCCGUUUAAGUUGUUAAAUGACGCAGUUUGUCACGGAUUAAACCAUGUCAGUGUUGUGUAAGUUGGUGGUAACUUUUCAAUGUUUACCACACAGACCAGGCCUACGAGAGAAAAGUGAAACUAAAAUUUAACAUAUUUAAAAGCAACUAUUGACAUUUUUAUAGAGCUUAAGUGUGUCUGUGGUUUACUAUUGUAGCUUUAAUGUAACAUACACUUACAAAUUGUAGUAUUAUGGAGUUAUCAAAUUGUACUCAUCCCUGAAUGGUUAUUUUGUAUUUCUAAAACCGUACAUCUCAUUUGUGACGGUCAAUCAGGAAGUCAUUGUGUAAAAGUGAAAAAAGACCUGAAUGUGUGUUUUUUUUAAUGCUGUCCCUUCUCACUAAUAUGAUUCAUCUAUCAUGUGACCUGCUGAUAAGAUCAUUCUGUUUCUGUGGCUCUACAUACAUGCUGAAGCUCUGACUCAGAUGGUGAAGGCUGCAGUAAUCAGUUUCAACACUUUAUCGCAUGAUUUAAAGUGAACUGGAGUCAGAAAUUCCACAUUUCAUAACUGUAGUAUGUUAAAAAAUUGAAAAAUAUUCCAUGUGUUGCUUGCUUUAAAAAGUGGCUAAACUGGGGCGUUGACACAUUUAAUUGAGUUGUAAUAGUUUGUCUGACUCAGUAGCUUACCUUACUUUCGGCGCUGUCUGCGGUAAAAUGUGUGUAAGCGUCACAACAAAGCAGUUGUCUGUCUGCAGUGAAAUUGGUUGACUACAUUUGCUACAGGGGUAAUAGUGGGAUCUUUACUGUCUUGGUGUGUGCUGCAGAAAUAAAUGUUAAGUGAACAGAAACCCAUAAAAAAUCCUGUUAGAAACUUAAUGUGCAUCUACUUAAACCUCAUACAUUGUCUGCUGUGCUUUCAUUUAAAUCCCUUGUUAUUUCACUGUGUAAAGCGGCACAAAAACUAAGCGUGUUCAUAACCUGUUCUCUCAGGUCCUUGACUUCAAAUCCCAGUGUUCCUCUCGGCAUCAUGGCGUCCGGAGGCCCCAUGAUGAACGGCGACCUCUCUCGCUCCCCAAGUCAGUUUGGCACCCUGGAGGAAACCCUGCAGCAGAUGAACAUCCUCAUCCAGGAGAACAGGGACCUGAAAGGUGAGUGCUGUUGUGCAAAGUGUAGUAUUAGUAUUUGAGCUCUUUAUUGGCUUUUUUAAAUAAUGAAAGAAGACUGGUCUAGACCUCUUUGGUGCUCUUCAGAAGUCUUGACUGGGUGGACUUCAGGAGGUCACGACUUCCACAAUCUGCAUUGAUUCGUUGUUCUCUCCUCUCAGAGGCCCUGCGUCAGACCAACCUGACAAUGAAGGAGAGGUUCGAGGGUCUGUCUGCGUGGCGGGAGAAGCAACGUGAAGAGAAGGACUUCCUGGAGAGCCGGCUGGAGGAGGCCCGCACUCGUAUGGAGACCCUGACUCUCCAAAACCAGGAGCUCAACAAGAGGCUGGGGGAGGAGGGGUCCACAGGGGGAGGAGGCUCAGUGGUGAGACUUCUUUUUAUGAGUAACAUUUUUAAUGUACGUCACUGUGGUAAUAGCUUUCUACAGCUAAUUAUACGUGUUAUGAUGUAACCUCCAGAUGGCGUCGUCCAGUCAGAACGCAGAGCUGGAUGCCCUACGUGCCCAGGUUUCUCGCCUGCAGGCUGAGAAGAACGACCUGGUGGCCAUGAACUCUGAGCUGCAGCUAAGGGCUGAACAGGACUCGAAGGAGGACUCCUUCAUCGAGAUCAUCAAAGUCACGGUACAGAGUAACACAGACACGUUAUUGCACUGUGAAUACUUAUGCACUAAAGGGAGACUGUACUUCAAACUGUAGGACAUUAAAUGUUAUUGCGAUAUAAAUAUGAUUGCACGUAGGAUUUCACUGUGUUUCUCUUCUCAGGAUGGAGGUGUGGACAGUGUGAAUGAUGCUUGUGGAUCAGAGCUCAGCAGACGUCUCGACCUGAGCAUGACGGCGUCCAGGCUGGGCAACGAGGAGCAGACCGUCAGCCAGCUCCUCCAAUCCCUGAGGAAUGAGACGCAGCGAGCCGAGAGGCUGCAGGCCGAGCUGCAGACCUCUGCUUCAAGGUAAGUUUAGAGAAAACGUUCCCACUGUCUUUUCAUUUUAGUCCCUUUGUUUUAAUUUUGGUGUUUGCUACAGUGUUUUGUUUCCAAGAGCUUACAUUUUCAACUUGAAAAAUUCGAAACCAUUUAUCCAACAGGAUUAGAGAGCUGAUGGAGCGGAAGAGCAACGUAGAGGACUCAACACAAACCACUCAAGCAGAGACCAAGGAGGAUUCUGGCAAAGAGGAGGUAUGUCUUAGUCUGUGGAAAAUGAUGAUGUAUAUCCAUUUAUUUCCAGACUGCCACUCUCUGUUAUCAUUUCACUGGUUUUGUGUUCUUCCUGUAAUGUCUGUGUGUCAUCAUGGAAAUGUUUCAGGCGGCGUCUGAGGUGGAGAAUCUGAAGUCUCAGAUGAUGACUCUGUUCAAAGAGCUGCAGCAGGCUCAGAGCAAACUGGAUGAAGCAGAAGGCAUGAAGAAGAACCUGCAGGACAGGUUAGGCCCUUACGUUUAUAGAACACCUCUGCCCAUUGCGGGGAAUCCCUAACCUCCCAAAACAAACACCGAAGAUUUUUUGGUGCCGCAUUUUGACAUGUGUAUGAUUCGUUUUCUCACUGUGUGUAGAUGUCGGGAGGUGGAGCAGGACGUGGCCACUCUGAAGGCCCAGCUGGUGGAGAAACAGGCCGUGCAGUCGGAGAACAACCGGCUGAAGCUGCAGCUGGACAGCAUGCAGGCCGAGAGCCAAUUGGAGCAGAGGAAGGCUGGAGAGGAGAGGUCAGAGCAGACCGAUUCACAUAUAAAACAUUCACAGUUAAUGAGUUAUUUUAAAGGAAGGAUGGGUGAAAAUAGUGAAAAAUCUUAUCAAGGAAUUUGGUCAAUAUUGAUCUUCAUUACAAAAUACAGAUUUUGAUGAAUACCCUCAUAAUUUUGUAGAUCUGGAAGGUUUUUUAUUUAAGGACUGAUGUGUCGUUUAUUAACAUAGAUUUAAGUUUUUAUUUAUCCAACAUUUCUAAAACUGUGCACUUGUUUGUCAAAUAUGAGUAAAAACAAACCAACUAGUUUACAAAAACACAAAAAUAAGCAGCAUCAAAAUCGUUGUAUUUAGACAGAUCCUUGGAGAGGUCUGAAGAGCUGAGCUGCAGCUAAAUUAAGCCAAGUUUGUUUCCAAGAUGCUCAUAAUAAUCUGCACAGAUUAGACAUUUUUGAAGGUAUAUUUGGGGCAUCAUUGCCUUUACUCGAUAAGACACCUGAAAAGAGACAGGAAAUAUGGAAGGGUUUGCAAAGGGUUGCAGCCAGGAGUCAAAUAAAGGACUACUGCAAGGACUAUAGCCUCUGUGUAUGGGAUGCAUGUGAAAACCUCAGGCCAACCUGUAACCCAGAGAUUAAAAUAUUUUGUGAAUCAUAAAAAGCCUGUUUACUAAACCAGUAAAUAUGCUUCCCCACAGGAACAACCUGGCCCAGCUGAAGGAUGCCUACACCAAAUUGUUUGAAGACUACAACGAGCUCAAAGAGGAGAAGAAGAAAAGAGAGGUCUGUCAAAGAGCAAGUCUUUUGCGAUCACCAAAAUCAAUCCUGCUGAUUUCCUCUCAUCCAGUUCAGAUAAAAAUAUUAUAACAGCUAAGACAUGAGAAGCAGAUGUGUUUGACUUUCCCCCCUCUGGUCCCUGCAGUCUCAGCUGGUGCAGAAAGAGGUGGUGGAGCAGCUACAGCAGCAGUUGGCUGCUGCAGAAGAAGCCCUGGCUGCCAAGCAGACCCGCAUUGAUGAAAUGAAGCAGGAGAUCUAUCGGAAGGAGAAGGAGCUGGAGCAGAUAUCGGUCUUCCAGGCUCAGGUCAGCGAGAGGAGAAAUGUUUUGACAACAUAGCAGCACGACUCCCUUCAGCCUCAGAGCUGUCAUUGUAGGUUUUUGUUGUGUCACGCAGGCAGAGGUCUACUCCUCGGACUUUUAUGCAGAGCGAACAGCGAGGGAGAAACUCCAUGAAGAGAGAGAGCGUCUGGCUGUUCAGCUGGAGUAUGUGAAGAAGCAGAACGCCCAUCUGCAGGAAGAGAUGGAGUCACUGGGCCGGUAUGGCUUUUGAUUGAAAUCCAAGUCUGUUGUUUAGACAGUGACACCACAACAAAGGAAAAUAUGCUGCCAAUUAAAAAAAUAUUAUUCUUAAGAAUCAAUAAAAUGUUAUUUAGAGGAGUGGAAUUAGAGCAAGGACUUCAUCUUUAGCAUGCCGCUUUUCUUUUCCUUUCCUGGAACAUUUUUAUCUUUCACCACAGGCGGUCGCUGAAUGAAAUGCAGAUGAGACACGGGGGUGCAAGUAUACACGGAGCUGGCGCUAGUCUGGUUGGAAGAGGUACCUCUACUUUUUGUAUGCUAUGAAUUUAAUGUUAGAGAACUAUCAAACCUCUCAGCAAACAAUGAACCUCAUAAACUUAUUUCCCAUAAUGAUUAAAAGUUCUUUGUGAUGUGUGACGUCAAGUUUAGCUUCCUUCGGUAUGUUUUUGACUCUUAGGUACUGACUGGCAUCAGGGGAGCAUUCCAGAGCACGCCUGCCCCAAGUGCAACGAAAUCCUUCCAGACCUGGACACCCUGCAGAUUCACAUCAUGGACUGCAUCAACUAGACAUCCAUUAUAACAAGCAUUCAUGUCAGCAGCAGCUAAAUUUGCACCAUAAUCUGAGUCUUCCUCUGCUUACCUGUACCUCCUCUCAGAUACCUAAGAUGACACUCCAUAGUUCCACGAUUAACUCAGUGAAAUUCCAUCAAAGUUGGAAAAACUUCAGUUUGAAUAUACAGUCUGGAAGCUAUUGUGAGGCUUUGUAGAAAGUAAGUACAAGUGUUGGAAUUAUUUGUACAAGAAUAGACAAAUGUAAGAGAGCGCAUCUGUCUGCAGGUUUCAGCUCAUGUCAUCAGGCACAUAGUUUGUUUUUAGCUGUAACAAACAAUACGAUUCAGAAUUCCUUCCAAGGCGAAACAAGUCAGGGAUAUGAAAACAGAAACUGCACCAAAACUUUUCUAAGAUUUCAGUCAUGUUCUGUCUUCCUGUCUGCAUACUUUAGAGAAGUCCAGUCUUGACAAGUUCAAUCUGUUUACAGAGUAUUUGGUUAUUUUAGUUGCUUUGCAAUAAUUUUAAAAGUUUAAAAAAAAUCUUUUUAUUUUUUCUAGGAGAGGAUACUUUAGUCCAUGAUUGAUUUUUUUUCUGUUGAAGGAAAAGAAAAAAUAAGCAUGCACCAUUUAGGCACUUUAUUAUAAACAUGAAUAUAUUUUAGUUUGACUCUGCUGACGAUAUCAGGAAGUAAGAACAAAUUGUAUUUAACUUGUUUAACAGCCUAUCACUGUAAGCAACUGCCUUUGUAUGUGCAGGGGGGCGUCAUGCUCAGCUGAUUCUGUAGUCUGCAGGUUAUAAAUCAUUCUGAUUACAUGUUGUAGUUAUGUGAAUAAAAAUUUUAAAAAUCAA